AUGCCAACAGGAAAGACUUUGCUUAAAGUCUCAAGACAGCUGAGUAAAUCCAAGUCCGUGAUGUUCCACCCAAAGGGUCGGAAGUUUGCCAAGUUGAACAAGGCCCAUCUCAGAGAACAUAAGCUUGAAAAGAAGAAGAUGCAACAUAUCGACAAGCGUGAACAUGAACUAAGAAGAACUUUGUUCUUCCAAGAAGCAGCAGAGAACCGUGUCAGCGAUGAAAAAAAGAGCUUUACCGUGGAGGAGAUGAAAUUGUUCAUUGAAGCUUAUUUGUCGAGGUUUGAUGAAGAAUUGGAAGAGUUGAGAGAUCAGCGAAGACCAGGUAGACCGGCUAGCAAAAGACAGGAUCUAUUGGAAGAUCAGAAGAAAAAAGACAGAGCAGAGUAUGUUAGUGGUUUUAAGGUCCCUGAUAUGUCCGAUGAAGCGAAUGUGGAGAACUUGAUCAAAUGGAAUGGGACCAUUGGUGGGGUAAAUAAUGUCAAGGUGAUUUACUUGACAAAAAACUCAACUGUUUUGCCUGAAAAAGAAAAGGAUACCCAAAUGUCUGUAUAA